AUGUCGGUUUCCGCCGUCCACCACUUCCUCCUCCUCGCCGUCGCCCUGGUCACCUUCGCGGCGACACUGUUGCCGCUGCCGCCGGCCGGCGCGGAGGACACCAUCCAGGCCUACAAGUGCGGCGGCGUGCCUGCGGCGGCCAACGCGAGCAGAGACGCCUACAGGUCCAACCUCAACGCGCUGGCCGCCACCCUCGUCGCGGGCGCGAGGGCCAACGGCUCGGCCGUCGCCGCGGUCGGCGCGCCGCCCGACGCCGCCUACGGCGUCGCGCUCUGCCGCGGGGACUUCACGGGCGACGCCUGCGCCCGGGGGCUCGGCGACGCCCUGCGCAGCGCCGUCAACGACUCCGAGAGCACCUUCGGCUGCGGCCGGCAGGCCAGGGACGUGACGCUCUUCUACGACCGGUACCAGCUGCGGCUCGCCGGCGUCGACUUCCUCUCCGGCGACGACGGCGACGAGCCGCGGUGGGCGGGGAACAACACCAACUUCGUGACGCCCCCCGAGGCCGCGCUGCGGUUCGACGGGCUCGUCAAGGAGCUGGUGACCGCCAUCGCCGGCAUCGCCGCGGGGAGGCCGGACAGGUACGCGACGGGGCGGUCGUGGUUCAAGGAGAAGCGCUUGACGCUGUACGGCCUGGUGCAGUGCACCGUGGACAUGCCGCCGGAGCGGUGCCGGGCGUGCCUCGACGGCCUCAUCUCGGCGUUCCCGGCGACGUUUCGUCCCAGUGGGCAACAUGGCGGCCGAAUCUUGGUGCCGCGCUGCACGGUGCGCUACGAGACGGACGACACGUUCUUCAACACAGCCAACCUGUCAGUCGACCUGCACAAGCCCAAACGUACGUACUUUGUGAUCAAUCUAUGGAGAAUGGAAGAAGGCAACUCAGGGUUUUCGCUCUACGACUUUUCUCAGAUGAAAGGUGGUACGAAUGGUUUUUCCAUUGAAAACAAACUUGGACAAGGUGGUUUUGGUUCUGUCUAUAAGGGCAUGUUGCCUGAUGGGCUUGAAAUUGCAGUAAAAAGACUUGGUCCCUGUUCUUUACAAGGUUUGAUAGAGUUCAAGAACGAGAUCCAGCUCAUUGCAAAGCUUCAGCACAGGAAUCUAGUCAAGCUGCUGGGCUGCUGUAUUGAAGGGGAGCACGAGAAGAUUCUGGUCUACGAGUACAUGCCAAACAAAAGCCUAGACCUCAUCAUCUUUGAGAAUAAAAAAGGAGUGUCACUAGACUGGCCUAAACGUCUGAAUAUAAUCGAUGGGAUAUCGCAGGGGCUUCUCUACCUCCACAUACACUCACGCCUCUGCGUGGUCCACAGGGAUCUCAAAGCCAGCAACAUUCUCUUGGACGGCGAGAUGAACCCCAAAAUUUCAGAUUUUGGGAUGGCUAGGAUAUUCAGCUCCAGCGUGGCCGAGUCAAACACCACUAGAAUUGUAGGCACACAUGGCUACAUAGCUCCAGAGUAUGCCUCGGAUGGAGUUUGCUCUGUCAAAUCUGACGUCUUCAGCUUCGGCGUCCUGCUCCUGGAGAUCAUCAGCGGGACGAUGACCACUGGUUCCUACAGAUACGAUGGCAAAUUGUACAAGCUCAUCGGAUAUGCUUGGCUGCUCUGGAGAGCCGGGCAAUGGCGGGAGCUGGUGGAUCGCUGUUUAUUAGGGAACGAGGAAUACCACUUCACGAUGGAGAAAUACGUCCAUGUGGCCCUUCUCUGCGUUCAGGAGAGCGCGGAGGACCGCCCCGCCAUGGACGAGGUCGUCAAGAUGCUGAGCAGCGGCGAGGGCACGGUCCUCCCGGAGCCGAAGCAGCCGGCGUACUUCAACGUGCGCCCCGUGGGCACGGAGAUGUCCGCAUCCUGCGACAUGAGCAUUAGCAUAACCUUGUCGAGAUAG